UCAUCCAUCCGUCUCUGCUUCUCUCGUCUCUGGCAAUCUCUUACGCCGAUUCCACUCCCUGUCUGCAAUCACUCUCGCGACGGAGGCUUUGCAUCUCUCCCGGUGCCUUUGCAUCUCUCCCGGCGAGGACAUCGAUCGAUCACAUCCAUGUAAUGGAGUUGAUGUGUGUUGAUAAGCUAACGCCAUUACAAAUUUCUGACAUGAGCACUUCCGAUCCAAACAUUGGUUUUUGUGAGUCGUUAUCAACGCCAAAAAAAGUAAGAACUGCAGUGCAUGAUGACAACAUUCCUAAGGUUGAAAUGACUUUUGCAAGUGUUAAGGAAUUUGAGGAAUUCUACAAAAGUUAUAGUUUGUGAAAUGGUUUUUAUACAAGAAGGCAGAGCAGUGUAUGAGAUGAACAUCGUAGAUGGGUGUGCCGAGCUGUGGGAUUUAAAGAUGUCCGGAAAAAAGUUCCGGAUGACAGUCAAAAGAAAAAAAGGAAAACAUCGUCCAUAAGAGUAGGGUGCAAACACACAAUUAGUUUGAAGUUUGAUCCUAAACUUCAAAUGUGGAUUAUCUUGUCAUUUGAGGCCAAACAUAAUCACGCGGUGGUGACUCCGAACAAGGCUCAUUUCGUACCGACAGGACAAGCAGUCGAGGAGAGUGGGCAACAUGUGAUAGAGUUAUUUAAAGAUCAUGGCAUACCAAUUGGAAAAGUAGCGACAUUGUUUGGGAAGGGGCGUUUUAGCAAGCCGAAUUGUUACAAUCACAUGCGAGAUGUACGGUCUAAGAUUUUGGAAGUUGGUGAUGCCCAAGGAGUUUUAGAGUAUUGUGAAAGCCAAGUGGAGUUGGAUCCUAGAUUCUUUUAUCGAAUGCAAAUCGAUGAUGAAGGGAAGAUGUCUAAUUUUUUUUGUGUGGAUGCCCGUUCUAGGAUGGCUUAUAAAAUCUUUGGAGAUGUCAUAGUCUUUGAUACAACCUAUCGGACCAACAUGUAUGAGAUGCCUCUAGCACCCUUCACUGGUGUUGAUAAUCAUAAGAAAAAUAUUUUAUUUGGUUGUGCUUUGGUUAUGGAUGAGCAGCAAGACACUUUUGAGUGGUUAUUUCGUACAUGGCUUGAGGCUAUGGAAGGGAAAGAGCCAAUUUCCAUUAUUACGGAUCAAGAUAAGGCCAUUUCAAAUGCAAUCCAUGUUGUCUUUCCAUCCGUUCGACAUAGAUUUUGUAUUUGGCAUAUUCUUAAGAAGUUCCAGGAGAAACUUCCUCCUGCUUACAAUAAAAGUAAAGAAUUUAAAAAUGAAAUGCAAGCAAUCAUUCGAAGAUCAUUGUCAGAAUCUCACUUCAUUGAGCAAUGGUCUGAAAUAAUUAAAAAAUAUGACCUGUUAGAGAAUUCUUGGCUCAAAAAGCUAUUUGACAUGAAAAAGGAAUGGGUUCCAGUGUUCACAAUGGAUACUUUUUUCGCAGGCAUGCAAGCAAGUCAACGAGCAGAGAGCAUGAACUCCUUAUUCAGUGCUAAAGUGAAUGCGGGAACAUCACUACAAGAAUUUAUUCGCUAAUAUGAAAUUGUUAUGGAAGAUCGUUAGGAGGCGAUGCGACGUGAAGAUUUCGAAAGCUGACACAAGACAAGGAAUUGUGAUCGCAACUCAUACCUCGAAGAUCAUGCAGCUGAGGUAUACACUCGUACUAUAUACCUUGAAUUUUAUUCAUAAUUGUCCAAAGCGGAGAGGUAUAGGUGCAUCAAAGUUAUUGAUUUUGUCGUCCCUGAUGAGGAGUACAUUGUGCGACAUGUGACAGACCCAAAAGAAUUUUACACCGUGAACAUAAGUGUAAUUUCUGUUGAGGAUGGAAAAGUUCAUAAUGUGGGAUGCUCGUGCGGCCUCUUUGAGUGGAAUGGUUUGUUGUGUCACCACAUUAUAAAGUUAUUUAAUUGCUUCACUGUGGUCCGCAUUCCUGAUAAGUACAUUUUGAAACGAUGGUGUAAAGAUGCUAGUCGGCCUUUAGAUGUGUUUUCAAAUCUACGUGCAAAACAGAAAGGCGAAGUAGUAAAGAGGGUGUUACAUAUUUAGCCUAAGAAAUUGCAAGCGUGGCAAGCAAGGAUGAUGGCACAUAUCAAUUCACCAAGUCUUUAUACCAAGAAAAUCUGAGCAGAAUUUUAAGUUUUAUACAUGCAAGUGAACAAGAGCAGCGUACUGGUGAUAUUGCGAUUGUUUCGGGUGUAGGUUCUAGUCCUACAUUACUUGAAAGUCAGACUACACAACCAAGCGUUCAUGUUAUUCUUAACCCUAACAUUUCCAAGACCAAGGGGAGAAAGAAUUAGAACAAAAGGUGGAAAUCAAGCCUAGAAGUAGCAACAAGUGGCCAAUGUCGGUGCGGUAUUUGUCGAGCAAUUGGACACAACGCAACCACUUGCAAGAAAAGAAAUGAUGAGGCUACUGUUCCAGAUCCAACCAGAGAACAAGAAUGAGUGGAUUUAGAGGGCACAAUUUUCAUGAUUUCUUGUUAUGUAUUUCAUGCAAUUCUUGUUAUGUAUUUCAUGUCUUGAGAAUUCCUUUCAUUUGUGAAAAUAAUUUGAAUGUAUGUUG